CAUAUAGAUGAUUCUUUUAGUCCUAAUUCACAAAUAUUUAUUAGUAUUUAUGAAGAAGAGAUUUUAACUUAUUCAAAUAAUCAAAUAAUUAACUUUAUAAAUAAUGAAGAACAAGAUCAAAAUAACAAAAGUAAUAAAAGUAAAGAAAAUAAUGAAAUAAGUAUUUCUGUAGCAAUAAAUAAAGCUUCUUGUAAAAUAAAACAUAUAGCAACAGAAAAGCAUGAUGAAAAAAUUUUAUUAAAUAAUUUAUUUCAAGAAGUUUAA